CUUCCAGUGAAUAAAGUGCGGAGCACGGGCUCUCCUGCAAAUGCAAUGGACGAUCGCUUUACUUUGUGGCUUUCUGUGUGAUUAUAAUGUUAAUGCUCGUGUUGGGUUUGAAGCAUCGACAAAUAUAGUGAUCCGAUGGAGUCUGACCAUGGAUGAGGAGGUCAACCCUGACCAUGAAAAUGUGAACUCAGUCUUGGCUCAGGACUCCAUUGAACUGUUCCACAUCCUCAGCAGUCAGUCGCACUCAGUCAUAAUGGAGCUGUGUCAAAUGAUGCCCAGUGAAGCUUGGCACCAAUAUCAGGUUGACCCCUCAAGCUCUUCUGCAACAGCAAGACCAGAACUCAUCAAAACCAUGUUGGAUUACUUCAGGUCAGCCAGUGCUCGAAAAUGCCGUAACUUCCUUCAGAGAGUGUGCUUCUCCUGUGAGAACAUCCCCAUGCUUCUGGAGUCGAGGCUCAUGUCAGUGGCAGGAUAUGACAGCACUGAUGAUGUACCGUCUCCAGCCGCAGAGAACGUGUCUCUAGCAAACGCAGACAGUUAUGAAAAUUCUAGCCCUGCUGUAACAGAUCAGAACUCGUCACCGCCAUUUCUCGAGCAGCGGCUCGUCAAGCGCCCACGGAUUGAUCACUGGCAGCAGUACAUCAGUGAAGUGGAGAAAUGCCUGCUGAAGAGAUGGAAGCAACUCACAGCUGGCCUGGUGAGGGAGGUCCAGCUGGAGAAUGUAUGGGUCAGCCCGAGAGCGGCAAACAGAAGCAGAGACAGACCUGAUCAAACCCCUAGCUCAGCAGACAGAGGGGGCAGAACACCGGAGCCCGAUGGGGAUUACGGGUAUUUGGAGUCCAGAGUGACGUUGGAGACGUUCCUCCAGGGAUGUUUGGGUAAAGUGACAGUUCUGGUGGGCAAGACGGGAUCAGGAAAAACUCUGCUAACAUCCUGUUUAGGACAGCAGUGGGCGAGUGGAUUAGGUCCUGUCCCUUCAUCCUUUGUGUUUGUCCUGCUGGAGUUUCGUCAGCUCAACCUACUGUCACGCCCUCUUUCAUUAUCAGAGCUGCUAUUCCAAUACUACCUCCCUCCAACUGGGGGAGAAGAUGCAAAGAGAGCCAUUAUCGACUACCUCCUUACUAAUCCAGAGCAAAGCUGUUGGGUACUGGAUGGCUAUGAUGAGUUUCACAGCAAACUCAGCAAAAAAGAAGUGCAGAGGAAACCGCUGCACUUAGAAGAUCCUCUGCCUGUCGCAGACCUCAUCUCAGGGUUGCUAAAUCGCCAGAUUCUUCCAGGAAGCACUGUGCUGGUCACCUGUCGUGUACGGGAUCUUAUAGAUUUGGAUGGCAUUUCAGAUAAAGUAGGCCAGCUGCUGGGCUGGGACCAGGAUGAGAUCAAGGAGUAUGUAGACAACUUCUUUGGUGCAAAAGCAGAUGUAGCUCUUAGAGAGCAGGCAGCACAGCUCCUUCUCUCCAGUCGACACCUUCUCGCCAUGUCUUCCAUUCCUGCCCUAUGCAACAUCUGCUGCAUCUGUCUUGAGCAUUUACUGCUGCAGUGGAGAGAUAAAGCUACAGGAGGAGCACCGAUGCCUGACGAAAAAGGAAGUAAGGCAAGGACAGAUGCUCAGGAAGCAGAAGGAGCACAGAUGUCAAGAGAAGCCAGAGGGGAGGAGGGCAAUAGAAGAGGAAAUCCUGCACAAAGGAAACAAGAGGAUGGAAAACGAAAAGGGAGCAAAGAUGUAAUAAUGGAUGGAACAAAUGGCAGACCCCAGCUGGCUCCCACUUCACCCCAAGUCCCUGCCACCCUCACUCAGGUCUACCUCACUGUUCUGGGCUCAUUUCUUAGCCGAGACCCUAACCACGGAGGAGACGGCAGGCCAAAAACUAAAAGAUUUCCUCACAGUGCUGUCACCACACUGACCAUUCUGAGUCAGUAUCAGUCGGAGCUGUGUGAGCUGAGCCGACUGGCUUGGACAGGCUUAGAGGAAAGCAAGAUACUCUUUUUGAAAGAAGAAAUUCCACAGGAGGUUUUAAAGUUUUCAUUGAGGAUAGGACUCUUAUCACAGGUGGAGCUCAGACGUCAGGACGGGAUACUCGCCAGUGCCUACUGCUUCAUUCAUCUGACAGUGCAGGAGUUUUUAGCUGCACUAAGAAUCAUGACUAGUAAUGAUGUUAAUGACGCACAGCUUAAGAAGAGAUUCAGUCUGAAAACUCGCUGGACAAGCAAAUCAGACCAGAAGACGGUCUUCACCGACUCACUGUACCUCUAUGUUUGCGGUCUGGCUUCCUCACAAUGCACUCCAGCCCUGGUUGAGUUAGCCAAGGUUUCUGGUAGCGUCCAAAGUUGGGUCCAGAAACGACAAGACCUUGUUCUGAAAUUACUCAAAACCAUGUGUAACAGUAACACUCUGACCGGACCAAAGAUACUCCAGCUUUGUCAUAGUGUGCAGGAGAGCCAGAACCACCAACUCGCCAAGCAGGUUUUUGGUGUGAGACCCAAACUGGAGCUGCGCAACAUCUGGCUGUUACCGAAUGAUAUCGAAGCUCUGGCUUUCGUAGUUAAUUCAGCCGAUCAAAAUGACAUCGGUCUGGACUUCGGAGCGUGCUCCAUGGAGCUGGAGUGUUUAAUAGUUCUGGCCAGGUGUCAGGGAAUUCAUAACCUCAGUUUUCACAGCCGCAAGUAUGGGGACAAGUUUGCUGAGAAGUUGUCGUCUGUUUUGCCUAAAUUCACAUCCCUGAGAAAACUAGAGUUCUCUGGUGCCAGUCUGACUGCUACUGGAGCAGCUAGUUUGGCCUCUGGUCUUCAGGGGUGUCCACACAUCACUGAAAUCAACCUAAGUGACAACAAUUUGAGGGAUGAAGGAAUCAGUUACAUUGCUGAGAUUUUUACCAAACUACAAAACCUUUCGAAUGUAGUGCUGGGACGAAACAGCACAACCCUGAAUGCAGUCGACUGUCUUAUUAAGACGAUGUCUUCAUGUUUGAACAUCCAACAUGUUCAUGCAGAUGGGAUCAAAGACUUGACAGUAACUUUCUUCCAAAAGUCAGAUAUGAACAGCCAUAAAUCUAUACUUGAAUCGACAAUCAGCUUGCUGAACCAGAAUUGGAACAAGUCUGAGAUGCAGAAACUUGCUGAAUCCUUGGCUCGAUGCCCUGCCCUGUCUGUCCUAGAUCUGUCUGGAGGCCAGUGGGAUGAAGAAAUAUUAAGGAAACUGACUGAGUUUUUGCCACAGUUCAGCAUUACUGAAAAGAUCAUCAUUAAUGACAGCUGCUCAUCAGUGGAGGGUUUGGUGGUUCUGACUGCUCUACUGUCUGAUUAUCCUCCUGUGAUGGAGCUUCAUAUCAGACUACAGGUUCCUGUUAAGGUGUCUAUUGUGUUUGCGAGGGGAAGAGAAAAACCUGCAAGCGGAAUAUCCAAAUCUCUCUGCCUCAGCUACUGCAAUCUGCAUCCUGCUGAUCUGGAAAGUGUGUUGAGAUGUCUGGGAACCUCUUCUGAUCUCACUAUGCUGGAUUUGUCCAGUAACUGUUUAGGCAACAAAGGUCUGAAGAAGUUGUUGGAUUUCCUGCCUCGUCUUUGCAAAAUCCAGGAAAUUAAUGCCAGUAACAAUGACAUCAACAUGGAAGGGGUGGUAAUGCUGGCUGGUGCUCUAUGCUCAUAUAACACCUUAACAGAAAUUCACAUCAGUGGCGGAGGCAAAGAGGAAGUCAGUCUAAAGUUCUGCCCAGACGAAAGUGAUGACAAGCAGCAGCUGAAGAUGUUCCGAGUAAAGGACAGCAGCAUCCUACCAUCUGACAUGACCAAAGUAUGUCGAAAAUUGGUCCAGAGUCGCUUCCAUUGGGAGUUAGAGUUAUCUCAGUGUUCACUUACCGACGAAGCUAUCGGGAAUCUUCUCAAAGUGUUGCCAAAGAUGACGUCACUGCAGAGACUCAAUGUCAGUCAGAGCAUCACAUCUGCAGCCAAUGCACUCAAGCUGGUCAGCUGUUUGACUGACAGUCAGCGCGUGACAUCGGUUGAGCUCAGCCCUCAGAGUGACUCCUUCAUCAAUUUUGAUGCAGUGAAAGUGGAACAAGUGAGCUGCAGGUUAACUCAUUUUUGCCUGAAGGGUGACCACUUGAAGAAACUUCUUGAGAUCCUGCAGCAGGGUCCCCAGCUUUCAGAUCUUGAUUUGUCAAGUAACCAACUGGAAGAUGAAGACGUGAGCUCUUUUGUGCAUUCCCUACCAAGGCUAAAAAUCAGCACCUAUGUCAAUCUCAGUAACAACAGACUGACCCAGCAGGGGCUGCUGGCUGUGGCCAACACAUUGUGUACCUGUGCUAAUGUCUCUGGUGUGGAAGUCAGCUUGGGAGAAGAAGAGCAAUGCUUCAUCUGGUUCAGACAAAGUGAAACUCGUGAAAAAUCUCUGAGAGUCAGGGAAGGUAGUUUGAAGCGUGAACAUCUGGUCCGAUUAGCAGAGAUUGUGUCCAGUUGUCCCCAUCUGACCAAAGUGGAGUUAAACCACAGCUUACUGGAGCAGACUGAAGAUUUCCUGCAGCUGCUGAGCUCCAAUCAAAGUGGAUGUGUUUUCAGCAUUGAGGAGCGUUGGAUCGGCGCUGAGAAAGCUGUUGGAUUAAUGUGUCGCUGUUUGCAACUCAAUAGCAAUAUUCAAACUGUCAGUAUUCACCAAAACACACUCCACCUGAUUAAGUCCACUGAACUGACGACAGAUAGUGAUCACUCUGGAAAUGCAGCUCAAUUGAGGGCCAUUAAGAAAAUUGGCCUUGUGGACUGUGCAGUAAAUGGGUAUCAGCUUGCAUCCAUAGAGAGCGUCAUCCCGAGUUGUCCAUUUCUAACAGAACUGGACUUUUCCCACAACAUCCUCGGUGUGGAGGGAGCUGAGUUUCUCUGUUCUGUUCUUCCCCGGAUGCCCAAUCUCACUUCACUCAGUAUUGCUUCCAAAGAGAGUGAUGUGACUGUGCUCGAGACGUUGUCACAGAUCUUCCUGCAGUCUAACACCAUUCAGCACUUAAAUCUGUCGGGUCAUCAGAUUAGUGAGACAGCAGCUCAGAAUAUGACCACGUUGUUGCCUUGUCUACGAUCACUCAAUCUUUCCCACUGUGUUUUGCCUGGAGGACUGCAGCUCAUUGAAGCACUGGGACAGUGUGUUAUUCUUGAAGACCUUUGUUUGGAUUCUGUGCUACUGAAUGAGGAGAGCAGGAUGUGUCUGGCACGAGCUCUAAGGAAUAUCAACUCUAUUUGCCGUCUCAGGCUGAAUGAAAUUGUCACAGCAAUGGACAAUUUCAGCGUUCUAGAUCUCCUGGCUGCCACGAAGGGACACACACAUUUAAAGGAGAUAGAGUUGGGGGGCUGGAGGAUGGCUUGCAGAGGAAUAGAAGAGCUGAACAGGCUCAUUCCGACCUGGACAGAGCUCAGGAAGAUCAAGCUGUCAAAGAACCUUAUCAGUGACCAAUCAGGAGAGAAGCUGCUCGAGGCUUUGAAAGACUGCAGCCACCUGGAGGAGCUCUGUCUGUCCGAUAACACACUGGGAAACCUCACUGCUGCCAGGAUGGCCCUCAUUUUCCCAUCACUGACACACCUCAGUGUGUUAGACAUUUCUCUCAACCGUAUUGACCAUGAAGGCUCCGAUAGCCUUUCCAAAGCCAUAAUGUGCAUGAAGAACCUCAAAAAGAUUAACCUGACCUCUGUUGGGACUUCAGAGCUGUGUGCUGUUGUAGCCAGUCUGGCUCACUGUCCCCUCAUACAGGAAGUUGGUCUGGGUUGGAAUAACUGUCGUGAUGAAGUGGCAUUAGAAGUGGCCAGGGUUUUGCCUUUCUGUCAUACGCUGACUCAGAUAGAUCUCGAGUGCAACAGCUUGAGUGUUUCUGGAGCGGAGGCCCUGCUUAAAGCCUUAAGGUUCUGCCCUGCUCUGCAACUCAUCAGACUCUGGAAGAACAAAAUCUUUGAGGGUGAUGUCCAUAGGCUCGCUCUGAGGGACAGGAGGAUGAAUUUCUCUUCCACCUGAUAUGAUCUGCACUGCUGGACAGUUGAGAAGUACAAUUCCAGUUCACCAGCACCGGUGCAGAUGAACACUCCAGUACUUCUUCUGCCAACAUUGACUUAAAAAUCUGUGAGAAAUUUGGUUUUUUUGCUUGAAGUGUUUUGGGGUUUUUUUUCUAAGUGCUGCUCCAUUAAAACACGGCUGUACAGUUUAAAUAAGACAAGAAGAAAUAAUGUAUUUUUGAAACUAUUUAAAUCUCUGACUUUGCACUGAUUGGCCUUUGGUUUCACAAAGCAGGAAACCGGUGGAAGUCACUGAAACCUUUUUUUCAAAAGCUGUUGUCACUGUCCGCCUAACUAGAGAUGCAGUUUUUAACAAAAAGUUCCCUCAAAGCCAUUGAAAUAACACACUUACUGUCAUAAUGAGUCGUAUUAAUCAGCAGUAGAAUGAGUUUUUUUACGGCUGAGGGUGUACUGUCAUCACCUUGCCAGGCGGGCGAGUAGGUGGGCGAGGACACCCAAGUGAGUGAUGCUGAGAGACUGGCCAGCUGCUUCCUGUUUUAUCAGUGAAUUCCUGGGAGAAAGGAAAAACACACACAUACACAAAGCAGGCCCUGCCAAAGGUUGAGUGUUCAGUUUUAACUAAUGUAUCACACUCAUUACUAAAUUCUUCCCUACUGAAUUGGACAGAUAAUGUUUUACUGUUAUAACGGGACUACAGUAUUUCCCAUAUGACAGGAUCAUUUCAAACUUGUUACAAUAAAGUUAGAAAAAGUCACAAAGUACAUUAUAGAUGGCUUUUAAAAAAUAUUACACUAACUUAUGUAUGCACUUAAAAAAGUGUGAAAUCACUAAACCUUUGUUGAGCUCCACCUUUCAGUAGCACACCACUGAGCUUCACACCGACUCAAACUGCUGUGAAAAUAAAGGCCACGCUGUGUUAUUUUCCUGUGAGGAAAUGAUGACUGUAUCUUUGCAGACUCUGAUACAAGGAGUCAAUUUGCAUUGUGGAAUGUUUACAAUAAUUAGAGGCCACAUUACUGAAAACACAAGAAAUCACAAAGUCACAGUAAAAGAAGAGUUAUCUGCUCCUAUCGUCAUUCUAGGUCGUGGUCUCUAUCCAAUGUGCGUAUUUAUUUCUGCUGUUUAUCAUAGUAGGACACAAGAAAUUGUAUUUAUUUAUUGAGCUGUGAUUAAAUCAGGGUUAAAAUUUUAAAAAAAAAAAGAAAUAUUUUUAUAGGAAUGUAUUUGCUUUGUGACCAAAAGAAGAUCCUGUAACUUUUGCAGGUCGCACCAUGACUUUCUAACGUCAUGCUGAUGCUCUGAUUUCUGAAUGUAAUGCACCUUAUUCCUUUCUCUUUUCCCGUGUGUAAUUGUCCGUUUUUUUCAUUUUUCCUUUGAUUUUUGGAGCAACACUGGAUCAUACUGAAAGGAUUUAAAAUUGCUUAUCUGUUAAAUAUAGUUUUUGAAAGGUUUGUGUGCAGGUUGUGAUUUGAGCUUGACAGAAAAAUUGCAGAUACUUUUGAUAUUUCCUGACUAUGAGUUGCAUUAAGAUGUCACCUGCUAAUUAGAAAACAUUAAGUUGAGUUUCUAUUUUUUUGUUAUGUCAGCGGUUUUACAAAGUAUGAUGUUAAAUUUAAACACAUCAAUAAAGCACAAACUCAACAAAAUCUGCUCUAGCAAUACAUGCCAGUUAAAUAAAGUCUAAUACAAAAAAUAUGCACCUCAACUAUAAUAUACAACUUAAAAAAAAUGGCAAUUCUGGUUUGUUCUCAAUGUCAGCAAUUAAAAGUUGAUACCUGA